AUGUCCGCCCAGAUCGAGGCUAGGUCUCUGGCCUCGCUCAACUAUCUUGCGGCCAACCCGCCGCAAUAUCCUCACAAGCCCGCCGAGCAGCGUCAAGAUCCCCUCACUCUCUACAUCUCCCGUGUACCAGGCACACGAGACGUCAUUUUGACAACGUCGAAACCGCAUCUGAAAAACGUCACAAGCGAAGAUGUUGCCAACUCCUUCUACUACAUCCACCUGGAACGCCCCGACGACGGCGGUCACCCGUACAACCCAAGCCUGGCCGCCGCCGCUGCAGCCUCUCAGCAGCAGCCUCACCACCUGCGCAACCCGGACACGCCCAGGUCGAGUCAGGACAGCGCCCGCAGUACGAACCAGAUUCGCCGCAAGCCCCUGCCCACCGCCGCCAAAGUACCCUCGCCGCCCGCCGACCCGGCGCGCUCUCACCUGCCGCCGCCAUCUUCGCAAAUGUCUUCGGCCCCGGGCUCGGCCCCGGGUACCGCCCCUUUAUCCUCUUCCCAUCCUGCUGCUGUAGGGAACGGCGGUUACGGCUACGGCUCCGGCCACGCAGCCGGAGCUGACACCCGAGAACCCCGCUCUACCGAAGACCGCCCUGAGCUACCCCCGCGCCCGAUCUCCUACUCCCCGCCCGCACCGGUCCGCAAACCCGUAGGUCCCCGCGCCAUCCCGACACCGGCCCCGGACCACGACGCACCCUGCGCCCGGCCGCCGCCGACUGACACCCACCGCGAUGCGCCCUCCCGCUCGCCAUCGCGCAUCCCCGAAGAGUCCACGUCCCCUCGGCGCUCCCGCCGCUGGUCCCGUCCGCCCAUCGGCGCCUCGUUCCUCCGCCAGCAGUCCCGCUCCCCCUCGCCGAACCGCUUCCACAACACCACCGCAGUGCCCUACAGCCUCUCACUGAUCCGCCGCGACCCGAGCUCGGGGAACCAGUGGAACGUGGGCCGCGUCUCGUCGCACCAGCUCGAGGACGCCGGCGACGACGGCUACGAGUACUUCUCCUUCGACUCGGCCGGCCUGUCCGCGCACGACCGCCGCCGCGCCAACGCGCCCCAGCCGCCCAUCCACAUUCAUCUCGAGUCCUCGGGCUACGCAAAGUUCCGCCACAUGCCACUACGCCAGAGCGUCGACGCGCCCCGGAACUCCAUGUGCUCGCCGCCCUUUGCCAACUCGGAAGACGCCCUCCAGCACAUGCAGCAGCAGCAGCUACUGCAACGUCAGUCCCCCGAAGGCGGCUUCUCGCGGCAGGUCGUCAUGUCCUACGCCAAAUCCUGGUCCUCCAACAUACGCGAAAAGCUUAGCUCUCGCUCUCGCUCCGGCAGCAUCGACGAUGGCGGCGCCGGCGCCGGGUUGACGGCAACGACGACGACCCUCGGCACGUCCCCGGCGCGGUCCAACAACCGCCACUCGCGCCAGCUGAGCUCGCACUCGACGGGCUCCGUCUCCUCUAACGGCAGCGACUCGGGUCCCAUCAUCACGCAGCCGGGCUACGGCCUGCGUCCCCAGGGCUACCUCUUCGUCUCGCCGUGGGACGGCCGCUGCGAGUUCCGCACGGGCAACGCCGGCCGCAGCGUCAAGUGCCGACACGUCCUGCCGACGGCCGGCGGCCUGAGCAACCCGCUCGCGCCGACGACCUCGUCGACCUACUCGGCCGCCGUGAGCGAGCUGCGCUUCAACCUGCCGAGCUCCGAGCUAUUCCGCCAGGAGGGCAAGAGGGAGCAGCUCAGCGGCCACUUCAGCAGGCUGCUCAAGGUCGGCGGCGGCGGCGGCAACCGCGACGGCGAGUACAGCGACGAGGACGAGCCGCCGAGCCCGUUCGACCUGAAGCUCGGCAGGGAAAGGGCCGGCGGCGGCAAUCGCGGCAAGAGAGCCAAGCUCGGCAAGCUGAUUAUCUACCCAGAGGGCCUCAAGAUGUUGGACCUCGUCGUGGCUGCCAACAUGGGCGUUUGGUGGGGAGCAUGGGAGAAGACGUUUUAG